UAAGAUUUUCCAUCCAUGAGUGGAGUUUUUAAUGCAAAAACAGCAGAGCUCCUGAGUCACCAUCAAGUGGAAAUAAAACAGAAAUUUCCUAAAGAAGGAUGGGUGGAGCAGGAUCCAAAGGAAAUCUUGCAGUCCGUUUAUGAAUGUGUGGAGAAAACAUGUGAGAAAUUGAACCAACUAAACAUAGACAUCACCAACAUAAAAGCUAUUGGAGUCAGCAAUCAGAGAGAGACAACUGUGGUUUGGGACAAGGUAACUGGAGAGCCCCUCUACAAUGCUAUUGUGUGGCUUGACCUGAGAACUCAGCCAACAGUUGAGAGACUUCUUAAAAUAAUUCCAGGGCAGAAUAAAUCCUUUUUUAAGGCUAAGACUGGCCUUCCACUUAGCACAUAUUUCAGUGCAGUGAAACUUCGGUGGCUCCUAGAUAAUGUGGAAGAGAUCAGGAAGGCUGUUCAUGAUGGGAGAGCUAUGUUUGGUACCAUUGACUCAUGGCUUAUAUGGAGUUUGACAGGUGGGAAGAAUGGAGGGAUUCAUUGUACAGAUGUAACCAAUGCCAGUAGAACAAUGUUGUUCAACAUUCAUUCCUUGGAGUGGGAUUCUGAACUCUGCCAUUUUUUUGAUGUUCCUAUGGAAAUACUACCAAAAGUGCGGAGUUCUUCUGAGAUUUAUGGUUUGAUGAAAAUGUCUGCUAGCUUGACAUCUGGAGCCUUGACAGGUGUGCCAAUUUCUGGGUGCUUGGGUGACCAAUCUGCUGCUUUAGUUGGACAAAUGUGUUUCAAGGAUGGACAAGCAAAAAAUACGUAUGGUACAGGAUGUUUCUUGCUCUGCAAUACAGGACAAAAGCCUGUAUUGUCUGACCAUGGCCUUCUAACCACAGUGGCUUACAAACUGGGAAGAGACAAACCUGUAUGUUAUGCACUAGAAGGCUCUGUUGCUAUAGCUGGUGCUGUUGUUCGUUGGCUAAGGGACAAUCUUGGUAUAGUAAAGACUUCAGGUGAAGUUGAAAAACUUGCUGCAGAAGUGGGAACUUCUUAUGGCUGCUACUUUGUCCCAGCAUUCUCAGGAUUAUAUGCACCAUAUUGGGAGCCCAGUGCAAGAGGUAUUAUCUGUGGCCUUACUCAAUUUACAAAUAAAAACCACAUUGCCUACGCUGCAUUAGAGGCUGUCUGCUUUCAAACACGAGAGAUUUUGGAUGCUAUGAACAAGGACUGUGGGAUACCACUGAAAGAGUUACAAGUCGAUGGAGGAAUGACCAACAACAAGAUUCUCAUGCAGCUCCAAGCAGAUAUUCUCUGUAUUCCAGUAGUAAAGCCAUCAAUGCCCGAAACAACAGCACUGGGAGCAGCAAUGGCAGCUGGAGCUGCAGAAGGAGUUGGAGUCUGGAGUCUGAAUCCUGGGGAUUUGACAGCAGUGACAUGGGAACGGUUUGAACCACAGAUCAAUCCUGAGGAAAGUGAAUAUCGCUAUGCCAGGUGGAAGAAAGCUGUAAUGAAAUCAAUGGGCUGGGAGACAUCUGAACCUGAUGCAAAUGGUGACUCUAGUAUCUUCUGUAGUCUGCCUUUGGGUUUUUAUAUAGUGAGUAGCAUGGUAAUGUUAAUCGGAGCAAAGUACAUCUCAGGAAUGGACAAAUGAGGCUGCUUAAUGGAUUACCGGAAUACAUCCUGUUUGGUUUAAAUACGAAGAAUAUCCAGUAUCUCCCAAUAUGAUGGCACUGUUUGUAUGACUAAUUAAUUUAUAAACCCCUCUGUUGUCUUAACUAGAGAGACAUUCAAAGCACUGGAUUUCUAACUUGAAAUGAAAAAAGUAAGCCUUCCUCUUUCCUCCCUGACCUCUGCCCCCCCCCCAUUUCAUUUUUUUUUCAAGAUCCAGAGGUCCUAAAUUUUUGAGUGUGCCAUAAAGAGACAUUGUAACCUUCUAAUUGUUGGUACAUUGUUAUAAUGCACUAUAGUAAGUCAUAAAAGUUAAAUUAUUUCCUAGCUGCUUUGAAUUAGUUAUAUUUGUGUGGUUGCUAAAAGCAUUUUUGUUAUAUCACUGUCGGACUGAAAAAACUCUGUUGGUAUGGAUUGUUUUUAACACUAACUCAGUUAUAAACUGUACCAGACGCUUUAAUAUCUGCUGGUAAUGUCUGCAGAUUGUUUUUAAAUAUUGAUCAAAACAUUAAAUGUGAUUUGUCUCCUG